UUUGGUGGUGUGAAUCGAGAACUCGAGUACCAUACCAUUGAAAAACUGGAGGGCGGUUCGAUACCGAAUAUUAAUCCACAUUAAGGUUGGGAGAGAUGGCAGUAGGGGGAAAUUUUGCAGCUCAAGGACUGGGUGCGAACUAUGAAGGUGGCAUCACGGCUUUCGUGGUCGUCACCUGCGUUGUUGCGGCCAUGGGCGGUCUCCUGUUUGGUUAUGACCUCGGUAUCUCAGGUGGGGUUACUUCAAUGGACGAUUUCUUGCUCAAAUUCUUCCCAUCAGUGUACCACAGAACGAAAGACGGGUCGGUCCACGAGAGCCAGUACUGCAAGUACGACAACCAUUUGCUGACCCUGUUCACCUCAUCUCUCUACCUUGCGGCCCUUGUGGCUUCCUUCGCCGCAUCGAAGGUCACCAGGGUCUAUGGCCGAAAGAUCUCCAUGUUCUUGGGAGGCCUGGCCUUUCUCAUCGGUGCAAUCCUCAACGGCAUCGCUAUGAACAUCACAGUGCUGAUAAUUGGCCGUUUAUUGCUCGGUGUCGGGGUUGGAUUUGCUAAUCAGUCGGUUCCGGUCUAUCUGUCUGAAAUGGCGCCACCGAAGAUCAGAGGAGCGCUCAACAUCGGCUUCCAAAUGGCCAUCACAAUCGGCAUCCUGGUGGCCAAUUUCGUCAACUACGGGACUGCACAGAUCAAGGGAGGAUGGGGCUGGAGAGUCUCUCUGGCUCUAGCCGCCGUCCCCGCGAUACUGAUGACCCUCGGAUCCAUCUUCCUGCCGGACACUCCUAACUCCAUCAUCGAAAGAGGCCACCGCGAGGAGGCCAAGAGAAUGCUUCAGAAGGUCCGCGGGACCGAGCAUGUGGACCACGAGUUCCAGGACCUAGUCCGAGCCAGUGAGGCCGCGAGUAAGGUCCAGCAUCCCUGGAGGAACAUAUUCGAGCCGAGGUACAGGCCUCAGCUCGUGAUCUGCUUCCUCGUCCCGUUCUUCCAGCAGUUCACUGGCAUCAAUGUCAUCAUGUUUUACGCACCCGUUCUGUUCAAGACUUUGGGUUUCGGUGACGACGCUGCCCUCAUAUCUUCAGCCAUCAGCGGCGUUGUGAACGUCGUCGCAACGUUGGUUUCGAUAUUCUCGGUUGACAAGCUUGGAAGGAGAGGCUUGUUCCUCGAAGGAGGAAUCCAGAUGAUAAUUUGCCAGAUUGCGGUAGGAGCACUGAUUGGCGCAAACUUCGGAGUCGCCGGUGAAGGAUCCUUUUCCAAAGUCGAAGCCAAUCUGCUCUUGGCAUUGAUCUGCUUAUACGUAGCGGCAUUCGCGUGGUCGUGGGGUCCGCUGGGGUGGUUGGUGCCAAGCGAGAUCUGCCCGUUGGAGAUCCGGUCGGCUGGCCAAGCGAUCAACGUCUCGGUCAACAUGUUAUUCACCUUCAUCAUCGCUCAGGGGUUCCUCUCUAUGCUCUGCCAAAUGAAGUUCGGCCUCUUCUUCUUCUUUGCGGGCUUCGUGAUCGCCAUGACCAUCUUCAUAUUCUUCUUCUUGCCGGAGACGAAGAACGUGCCGAUCGAAGAGAUGAACAGAGUGUGGAAGGCGCAUUGGUUCUGGGGAAAGUACAUCCCCGACGAGGCCCUCAUAGGUGAGGACCCCUGAGAAAUAGACAUUUUUGCAGAUAGUAGCACAAAGAACUUACUGGUUUCUAUCAUUCAAAGAAGGCAACACAAAUUGGAAGGGCGAUUUAUUUGAUUAUGUUUUCUCUGCAAAAACAUGUGUACAUCUUAUUCUUUGGUAAAUCAUCUGCACAUGUUAUGCUGAAAGCAAAAGAAUUGCCUCUACUUGUCUCGAUUUAAGUCCUUUCUCUUUCUUAUUUUCCAGUAAAAUGAUGUGGUGAGUUGAUUUAGAGCGGAUAUAAGUACCAUGUACUUAAAAAAAUAAGGGUCUCCUAAGCAAGUGUUCUCCUGAUAUAUAAACCAAGAUUAGGUUCACAAACUCAGGGCCACCAGUAUGGUGGUUUAGGUAUCGGCGCAAGGCAAUGAGACUGAACAACAACUCGCAGUCAACAAGUUCAAUGUCAAACGAGGAACUGAGCUACAGUUUGAAGCAUCUCUAACGGAGAAGGCGACGGUGUAUCGUUUACGGUUUUACAAAUCACAGUAGUCGAAGCCCCUGGUUUGCUUCUGGGAAAAAUGGACCACGAACAACUAAUCAAUUGCAUCGACCAGACAAGAAAUAGUAAUAAUUACAGCAACUAAUAAGGCACUAAAGAUGAGAUGCAGGAGACAGUUAACAGGUUUUUGCAAUCAUGUGAUACAGCCAGAGUUCUAUAACUUCCGCUUUUUCUGAAGAAUUAUACAAAGGAAUAAUCUUUAGGAUUAGGCUAAAAAAGCACAAUUCAUGUUAAGAAUGGAGAAGUGUAUGCAAUUGUAUAUAUAAACAUAAAAUUAAAGCAGCUCCUUCAUUAGAAUUUAUACACACUUACAGUUACAGAUGCCAUUCCUCUAAGAACAGCAAAUUGACAAGAAGAUAUGCCAGCCCAUGUAUCAGAAAAGAAGCCCCUGAGAAGAGCUUCCUG